CCGCGCUUUGAGAUAUGGAAUGCUAGCGGAGAACGCCUGCAAAAACUGGAAGCUAUGGUGGAACUGCGUCGGCUACGUUCCGCGGUUAAUUAGGCUUAAGAACGACUGGUGGUUCGUCGUUCUGACGGCGAAAAGAACGCUGCUGUUGGCAAACGCUUUACAUGAAUCCCUUGACCAAUGUCAAGAAUAUUACCAAGCUCAAUGAAACCGAAUUAAAACUCGGAGUUACCGAAAAGACAUCCUGGCACAAGAAGUACAAAGACAGUGCUUGGAUUUUCAUCGGUGGUUUGGACUAUCAGCUAACGGAAGGCGACGUGAUCUGCGUAUUUUCACAGUACGGGGAGGUCGUGAACAUCAAUUUAAUCCGUGAUAAAAAGACUGGAAAGUCAAAAGGCUACUGCUUUCUCUGUUACGAAGACCAGCGCAGCACUGUCCUAUCAGUGGACAACCUUAACGGCAUUUCGCUGUGCAAGCGCACCAUUCGUGUGGACCACGUGGAGAACUACAGGCCACCCAAGGACUCCGAGGACCUUGACGCACUGAUGGCAAAGCUGCAUCGCGAAGGCUGCGCUCCUGAGACAGUAGCACGAGAUGAUCACAAGUCCGAGGACGACUCUGAGGACGAGAUGGGGGCUGAGGAUGGUCCGCAGAAGGGGCCACCUCCGGCAGACAGCCGUGGGGAUGACCCCGAGUAUGCCAAGCGUCUUAAGAAGGAGAAAAAGAAAUUGAAGAAGGAGCGCAAGAAGAAGAAGCGUCUCAAGCGGGAGAAGCGCAAGCUCAAGCGCAUGGCUGCAAAGACUGGCAGCAACAGCAGCAGCCACAACCAGGCGGGAUCUGGGGGUGGAGGAGGCCAGUCAUCGGAGUCUGCAAGCUCUGGAGACUCGGGCAGCGCGUCGGACAACAGCCCGGUGCGGCCUCUAUCACCUCCACCGCCACAACAGGGUGCUGGUGAUGGCCCUCCACCGGCCAAUGGUUUACCGCGCCCACCCAUCACAGGCAUCCAGAGCCGGCUGGUCAAACUGGCCAUGGCUGACUACCCACUGAGCCCUGUGCGGCCAUGCUCACCAAGCCCUUCAGACCGGAAACGGCGCACACCUCCGGCAGGCUACCGGUCACCCUCUUUCCAAAGGAGGUCUCCAUCGCCCCGGCAGGCUCGUCCGCGAAGUCCGCGCAGAACGCCGAGCUCGCCGCGCCGGCGAUCGCCAAGUCCUCGCAAACGCUCGCCAAGGCGUUCGCGGAGCCCACGCCGCCGUUCCCCCAGUCCGAGGCGUCGUUCGCUUAGCCCGAGGCGCCGGUCUCCACCUAGCCCGAGGCGCCGGUCUCCACCUAGCCCUAGGCGUCGGUCUCCGCCUAGCCCGAGAAGACGUCGUUCGCCAAGCCCCAGACGUCGUUCGCCAAGUCCUAGGCGCCGCUCUCCCAGUCCUAGGCGUCGUUCACCAAGCCCCAGGCGACGCUCUCCCAGUCCGAGACGUCGUUCGCCAAGCCCCAGGCGCCGAUCUCCCAGUCCCAGGCGCCGCUCUCCCAGCCCCAGGCACCGCUCUCCCAGUCCCAGGCGCCGUUCGAUAAGUCCCAGACGUCGUUCUCCCAGUCCCAGGCGCCGCUCUCCCAGCCCAAAGCGCCGAUCGCCGAGUCCCAGGCGUCAUUCACCCAGCCCGAGGCAUCGGUCAGCGAGUCCCAAAAGGCAUUCGCCCAGUCCACGGAGGCAGUCGCCAUCCAGGCAGUCGGCCAGUCCGGCACAGCGAUCGGCAAGCCCUCGCCAGCAGUCUGUGUCACCGCCACCGCCCCCUCGCCGUACUUCCCUUAGUCCGAGCAACCAACGCUCGGCGAGUCCGCGACCACGCUCCCCCAGUCCGCAGCGCAGUUCUUCUAGCCCGCAUCGGCCUACACCGAGCCCUCCGCGCCGCCGAUCCCCAAGCCCACGACGAAGGUCGCCAAGCCCUCCGCGCCGCCGUUCGCCGAGCCCGCGACGAAGGUCGCCCAGCCCUCCGCGCCGCCGAUCCCCGAGUCCACGACGAAGGUCGCCCAGCCCUCCGCGCCGCCGAUCCCCGAGUCCACGACGAAGGUCGCCAAGCCCGCGUCGUCGCAGCCCGAGCCCGCGUCGUCGCAGCCCGAGCCCGCGUCGUCGUAGCCCGAGCCCGCGCCGUCGUAGUCCGAGCCCGCGCCGUCGUAGCCCGAGCCCACCGCGACGCCGUUCGCCCAGCCCCAGGCGACGUUCACCUAGCCCUGCACGUCGCCGGUCGCGCAGUCCCCGAAGGAAAUCCCGUAGUCCACGCCGGCGAUCUCGCAGUCCAAGGCGCCGUGGUCGUCGCUCACGGAGCGCGAAGCGCCGCUUGUCGCGCAGCCCGGCGCGCAAGAGGAGCCGCUCUCGUCGUCGCUCGCGCUCGCCCCGCCGUCGCAGCCCCCGGCAUUCGCGGAGCAGGAGCCGCUCUCGGCGCCCCUCGCCGCGUAGCAGGAGGUCGGGGAGCAGGCACCGCGGUCGGCGGUCGCGAAGCCGGGACCGGCACCAUCGCUGACCACCACACCACCGCCAUCAUGUGUCACCACCUGUUCUUGUCAUGUGUUCCUCGUAAUAAAGAGCGCCGCCGCGACAUGCGGCUCAUUGUCACAGCCUA